AUGGCAACUACCAAGCUAAAGACUCUGAAAGAUGUACAGAGAGAGAACAGAUUAUAUUUCUAUGCUCACAAAUUUGAAAUGCUAAGCGGAAUGGACAAACCUGCACCCGCCGUUUUGUCCCAGGGCUUGAUGAGCAAAGUAAGGGCAUCACGCCACCAUAGACUAGUCGAAGAGCAACACCAGCAAAUUAGAAUGACUCCAUCUGCGUUUGCCCACGAAAUGUCCCUAUCUACAGAGCAGCGUCUGGUAAACACACAUGCAAUGCAUCCGCCUCGGAUUCUGGAGGUCCUGGAUAUGAGAGAAACCACUCACCAGAAGUUUUCAUCUGUAGACAUUGACCAGGCUUUGUUCCAGCCUUUCCCUUCAGAGAUAGUGUUCCAAAACUACACUCCUUCUGAGUCGUAUGAGGUACCGCUGGUGCUUCGCAAUACUGACAAGAUCCCGCGCUUGGUGAAGAUUGUGGAGGAGGAAUCCUUGUACUUUACAGUAAUUAGCCCAGCGGACGUGUGCAGUAAAGUCGCUCCAGGGUUGGCGUCCACGUUCACUGUCCUCUUCACGCCCCAAGAGAACAAGGACUACGUCCACCGCGUCAUAUGCGUGACCGAGAGAGAACGGUUUGAGGUGCCCAUCCGGGCUGUGGGGCCAAGGGCCAUCCUGGAUUUCCCAGACCACGUGCACUUCUCCGUCAGCCCCGUGAAAUGCCUCUCCCAACGCACCCUGCUUGUGCGUAAUGUGGGGAAGUGUGAGGCCAGGUUCCAGCUUAACACAUGCAGUCCUUUUUCAGUGGACCCCCCCCUUGGGACCCUGGGGGUGGGACAAAGCAUGCAGGUGACAGUGGACUUCUUACCCAAAAAAGCUGGGGACUACAGAGAGGACCUACGGCUGCAUUACCACUCAGGGGAGGACCUCUGCAUUAGCAUAUAUGGAGCCGCCGCGGACGUGAACGUACGCUUGGACAGGAACUCUGUCCUCAUGAAGAGGACCUACAUCUCCAUGGCUAGCCAGCGCUGCGUCACCCUGGCUAACAGGAGCGAUGUCAUCGUCCACUACCAGUGGAAGUGCUUUGGGACUGAAGAGGAGGAGGAGGAGCAGCUGAAGCUGAGGCCCUCUUCUGACCUGCUAAGGGAAGAAGAGAAGAAGAUGGAGCACUUUCUGACCGAGUGCACCGAUGACCCCGCAUUCCGCGAUCAUCUCUCGCGGCUCUCCAGAACCUUCUUUAAGCAGCAGAGGCAGCUGCGCGAGGAGCGCCUGGUCUUCUCCGGUGACCACAUCACCAUUAGCCCCACAGAGGGGGACAUCUGGCCCGACUCGACGGCCGAGUUCACCAUAACUUUUAAGCCACAGGAGGUGAAGAUUUAUCAGCAGACUGUAUACUGCGAUGUUACAGGUCGAGAGAGUCGCCUGCCUAUGCGCAUUAAAGGGGAGGGCGUUGGGCCCAGGUUGGAGUUCAGCUUCGACCUGCUGGACGUGGGCAACGUCUUCAUCCACUCGAAGCACAGCUAUGAGGUGCUCUUGUCCAACAAGGGCUAUAUUGACGCCCCAUUCCGCCUGGUGCCGCCAAGUUCUGCCCAAGGCCGCUGCUUCUCCUUCAGCCCCAGUGAGGGCACGGUCCCCCCAGGCUCCUGCCACGCCAUGGUGGUCUCCUUCUCCUCGGGCAUCCUUGGGAUGUUCAGUGAGGAGAUCCUCUUUGCCGUGGAGGGGAACCCCCAACCAAUCAGCCUUACAUUCAGGGGUCGUGUAAUGGGACCCACCUUUCAGUUCAGCGUUCCCGAGCUCAACUUCGGCGAUGUGUCCUUUGGUUUCCCCUGUACCCUGACCUUCCAGCUUAACAACACCUCCCUGAUACCCAUGACCUUCAACCUUCGCAUCCUGGGUGACGGCAGUGGCCCCCCAAGCAUCCGCAGUAUGGACCAGGUCUCUGACCCAAACCGCACUGACUGGGCCGGCCACAGUGACCCGACGGUCCAGCCAGCGGAGUUUGCGCUCAGCCCCAGUUCCGGCACCAUUCAUGCCCAAGGGCUGAUGGACAUCCAGGUGACUCUGUGCCCUAACUGUGUGCAGAUGUGCAGCCUGGCCCUGGUGGUAGAUGUGGAAGGAGUAGGGGAGGAGGUGAUGUCCCUGCCCAUCCAUGCGAGAUGCCUGGUGCCCAAGGUGCGCCUGGUCAAGCCCACGCUGGAGCUGGAGGGCUGCUUCCUGAACCACCCCUUCACGGUGUCCGUGAAGCUCACCAACGAGGCUGACCUGCCUGCCUGCUACGGUCUGCUGCCGCAGGAGUACGAGGAGAGGCCCUCUUUCCUGUACUCCAGCCUCCAUCCCCGUGGGAUAAUCCAGCCGCGAGGUGAAGCAGAGAUCCCUCUGCUUCUGCAGGCCAAGACCGUGGGCAGGCUGGUGGUGGCCGCUCACAUCGCCGUGUUUGGCAGUGAGGAACCCCCACUGGAGCUGAUCCUCUCCUGUGUCGGAGAGGGUCCCGUCGUGCACGUCAGCCCCACAGAGCUAGACUUCGGCAGCAUCCCGGUCUUGACCGACGUCUCCAGGACAGUGAGGCUCCUGAACCAGUCUCCCAUCCCGGCCCCCUUCUUGGCCCAAAUGGUGCGCCGCCGGUCCCAGUGGCGGGUGGAGCCCAGCGAGGGGGCGGUGGCCCCAGAGGGGGAGCUGCAGCUGACACUGGUGGCUUUCCUGGAUGACACUGUGCCCUUCCACGACAAGCUGCACCUGGCCAUCGAGCACAGUCAGGCCCGCAGCAUCGGCGUCUCCGCCAAGGGCGAAGGCACCACCAUCGUCACGGACCGGCCCUUCGCCCCCAGCCUCCACCUUGGCGCACACUUUAGCUCAGGCGUGUUAAGGUACUGCUUUAAGCUGACGAACCGAGGCCGUCACUCCCAGCAGCUCUACUGGAUGACUGAUGGCUUCCCCCCCUUUCUGCGUCGUGCUGCCCCACCUUCCCGCCCCGAGAGCUCCGGGGACGAUAAACGGCUAGAAUCCCUGCAUGCCCCAGAGUGCGACGGGCCCGUCUUUACCUUGGAUCCCCCACGCCUGGAGCUGGCACCCGGCCAGUCUGCAGACAUGGUGUUGACGGGCGCCUCGCACACGCCCAAGGUCGUCCGGGAGAGGCUGGUGUGUCAGGCAAUCGCAGGACCACAGGGAGGCAAGAGAGUGAUCCUGACGGCAGACGUCACAUGCCACUUUGUGUCUCCUGUCCUGGAAUUGUCCGCCCAGGAGCUCAGCUUCUCUGUGAAGAAGGUCCCAGGAAAAUCCCUGGUUCCCCUCUUCCAACCUCUAGUCCUGACCAAUGCGUCCUCACUCAACCUUUCCAUGCAGCUGGUCCUGGCCAAACCAUUUGGUCUGUGUGACGACCCAAAUGACCCUUCGUUCACUACAUCAAAGCUCCAGGCGCUGGCCGUGGGUCAGCAGGUCAGGCUGUGGGUGCGCUUCGACCCAUCCUACGGAGGGGACAGCGUGACCCGGGUGGCUGAAGAGGACCUGGAGAUCCGCCACCUGGAGCACCCCCAGCGGGACAGCGUCGGCCUCCGUGGGGAGGUGCACUUCCCCAACCUGCACUUCUCCAGCACCUGCCUAGAUUUCGGCUGCAUCCUGAGCCACACGGAAACCCAGCGACGCCUCACCCUGACCAACCGCGGCCUGCUGCCCGUGGCCUAUCGCUGGCUCUUCCUGGCAGGCCGGCGGCAUUGCCGCAUUAGUAGGUUCCCUCAGGAGACGACUCUGGACCUGGGCCACAUCCCGGAGGAGGAGAAGCAGAGAGAGAGUCAGCUGGACGGGUCUGAAAAGCAGGGUGGAAUCAGCCAGAUGGACUGGAACACUGAGUUUGUUAAAGCUAUGGAGAAGCAGCUGGAGAAUGAGAGAAACGACCCUGGGGCUGAGACCGCAGACGGGGGAGGUUUUGCCAGGGAGACGUCCUGCAGCAGCUCUCUGCUCCUUGGGAAAAUAGUGUUGGAUGGUAAUGCACAAGAAAUACAUAAAGUCGACCAGGACCAGAACACCAGUAGUCUUGAAAGUCGAAAUGCUCAAAGUCUCAUAGAUGUAUCUCGCCAUGAAGAGUGGGACAGGACUUCUUCAGUCCAACACCAAAGAAGCUUCAGCCAAAAGCCCAUGGAGAAUUCCAGACUAGGCAUAGAAGAGGUAUUUGAUAUUCUACCGAUUUUUGGGGCAUUACGGCCAGGUGAAAGCCAGCCGGUGGACGUAACCUUCUACGGACACGCCGGUAUCAGCAGUGAAGUGGUAGCGCUGUGUGAGGUAGAGGAAGGACCUACGUAUGAGGUUACCCUGAGAGGAGAGGCCUCUCGAGUGACUUAUACCCUGGACAGGACUCAUAUUGACUUUGGUACACAGUUGUUUGAUUGUGUAUCGGAGGCCGAGCUCCUUCUCAGGAACACUGGUAAAGUUGACUUUGAGUUCAGUGUCCUGCACGACCAGGAAGGCAUGACUCCCAGCCACCUGCAGCCUGGCCUGCCCCUGGUCCUCCCGAACAAGGGCCGUGUCCAGGCAAACACGGAGCAGAAGCUGACCCUCUACUACUUGCCUGGGACACCUGAGGUUUUUCACAAAGCCUUCCAGCUGCAGGUGUCCUACUUCGAACCUGAGAUGAUCACUGUGAGAGGAGAGGGCAUUUUUCCCAGGAUCUUCCUUGAUCUGCCCAGAAGUCUGAAUGAGGAGAAGUACAGCCUGGUCCUGAAACAGGCCAGGGAGAUCCUGGAGAGGGAGAGCCAAGUAGGAGCCGACAUGAGCAGACCAGUGACUGGUGGUGGUCUCCUGUCUGUGGAUGUCUGCAUCCCAACUUAUGAUGCUCUGCUGCAUAUGGAAGUCGAGCGGCUACUGGUCAAAGAGAAUGCCAGUGUUGUGGAGAGUAAGGACCUGGGCUCCAGGGACACACAGACGUCUAGCAGCAGUUGGCGUAAGACCCUCACCAGGUUCUUGUUGCCUGAAUAUGUGUUGGACUUUGGCUACGUGAUCCAUGGUGAUGUGCCGACCCACAUCGUUAAAGCCACCAACACUGGACUAGUUCCAGUAUCCUUCUGUGUUGACCAUCAUCACCUUGCAGACUCUGGGUUCAGCAUGGAGCUGGACAAAGUGAGGAACUUGCCUCACUGUGAGACAGAGACAUUUGAGGUGAAGUUUGACCCACGUGGGGCUAAUCUAGAUCUCGGAGAGGUUACCGCUGUCAUUCACAUCAAGGUGUCAGGUGGACCGACCGUGCCAGUGCACCUCUGUGCAGUCGUUACCAUGCCUUCGCUCUCCAUUUCCACGGACACUCUGCAGUUUGGCACCAUCCAGUGUGGCCAGUGUAAGGUGGCCACAGUCCAGCUGUUCAACCCUGAGCCAGUGCCCUGUCACUGGAAUAUAUCUGGGAAAGAUCAUGCCAAGAAGAAGAUCGACAAGCACAUCCCGCUGUACCUCCGUCAGAAGUCGGGGCAGGAACCAGAGGCCCAGCCAGCUGUGUUCGAGAUGCUGCCUCCCACAGGAGUUCUGCUGCCGGGAGAGAGGCUCAAUGUGCAGGUCAAAUUCACCCCCGCAGAAGGGCGGGCAUACAGCCAGCGCCUAGUGAUCUCGGUAACCCAGAGCAUCCAGCGGGUGCUGCUGCUGGCCCUGGGGGAGGGUGAGGAGCCUCAGCUGCGAUUCUCCUCCACGCAGCUGGAGCUGGGCCCUGCACUGCCCUUCAGCGAGGGAGAGGAGGCGCAAGUGCUGGUGCAAAACUCCUGCUCCUUCCCAGUCGAGUUCUACUCCCUGGAGUUCGACAAGCAGCACCUGGAGGAAGAGAAGAUCCUGUGUAUGAUGAAGGCGUACGCAUCAGAUAAUGUUCUGCUGUUACCCCCCCGUGCCCCUGGGGAGACGCUGCCCCCGGAGCUGUUGGAUUUUUACAGAGAGCAGACCACACAGAAGCAGGAGGAGGAAGAGCCGAAGGCCAACGUGUCCCAGGAGAGGGAGAGUCCUGAGGCAGCCCUGAAGGAUGAGAGGAGGGACGUGGUGCUACCAGGGGACCACGAGUUUGAGGAGGACAGCAAGAGGGCCAUGGAUGAGUCGCUUAAUCGAGGCCUGCUAAGAGAUCAGGGCGGCAGUAAGGAGAGUGUCUGCGUGGGGGACCUGGAACUGAACCCUGUUUCCAGGGCCGUCGCCCGUCACAUGGGCAUCGACCUCUCGCCUGCGGCUCAGGCAGCUCGAAAUCGCAGGGGCAUCGCCGUCAUCGUAUACGGAGCUCCGCUUUCUGGUAAAACGGAGACGGCGGUGACCCUGGCGAAGUAUUACGGAGCGGCGAGCCUGAGCAUUGACGCGGUGGUGCAGGAAGCCGUCUCCAGUAGGUGUAGUACCGCUGGGCUCCAGGCGAGGCAGCAGUGUGCCAGGGCUGCCCAGGAACAGGAUGCCGCUCAGGCUGUUGUAGAUCCAAAAGCACCAGCUGGGGCUGGGGCCACCCUGAGCGAGGAGGUGUUGGCUGAGCACGCGACCGAGGACAACAAGGCCACCGGGCACAAGCCAGCCCCGAUCUCCAUGCACAACGAGACCAGCCCCGCAGAUCCUGCUAGAAAUGAGGGGGCCCCGGCGCGUGGGGAGCUGAGUGUGGGGGAGGCGGUGUGGGGGGGCAGCGCAGAGCUGGGGGGCUGUGUGCUGCCGGGGGAGCUGUUGGUGGACAUGCUCUCAGAGAGGCUACAGCUGAGCGACUGUCACCACGGGGUGGUAUUUGACGGGUUGGACACGACCUACUGCCACUCAGCGGCCAGCGCUCUGCAGCUCCUCCUCAGGGCCUUUGACAACCGCCGCUUCAUCUACGUGGUGAACCUGGUGCACACCUACCAGGACUUCCAGGCCCGGGAGAAGGCACAGAGGGAGGCUGAAGAGAACCAGCAGAGGGAGAACGAGGAGCGGGAGAGGCAGCGUUUGCAGGAAAUGGAUGAAGAUGAGUAUGACGCCCUACCAGAGGAGGAGAAGGAGCGCAUUGAGCUCAGGCGUCUGGAGGAAGUGAGAAGACGCAGGCAACGAGAGCGGGCAGCACGAGAAGACGAGCAGCGGAGGUACCUGGAGGAACAGGAGAGACUACAGGAAGAGGACUUUAAGAAGAAGAACAAGAGGAUGAGGAAGGAGCCUCUAAAAGAGGAUGCCUCGGGGAAGAAGAGUCAGCUGGGUGCAAAGCAGUCAUCUGCUGGUCUGCGCUCUGACUCAAAGCUGGACCAGCCCCUCAAGGAGACAAAAAGGACACCCUCCGUGGAUAACAUGGAAUCCAAAGAAUCCCCUGCAGAGGGCACCAGAGAGCAGGAGGAUGGGGCUAAAUGGAGGAAGAAUAUGGAGGGUAAGGGAGGCGGACAGGAGGAGGUGCCGAUGCCUGGUGACGAUCCGGAAACAGAGCAGGGCAGGAGCAGCAAGUGCCACAGGCUGCUGCAGUCUCGCUUCAGGCAGUACGAAAUGAGCCAGGCCCAGGUGAUCCACAUCCUGCAGCACUGGGACCGGACCCAAGGUCUGCUCCUCCAGGCCCCCUCCCUCGAAGACCGACUGGAGGAGUCGGCACCCACCUCGCGUGAGGGCCAGGCCUCCUCUGGCAGGAGGGGCAAAAAGGAGCGGGAGCGAGAGAAGGCGGAGAAGGAGCAGAAGAAACAGAAGAUGGACAUCCUCGAGCCCAGGCCGCUGCCACUAGGGGGCGAUGGCCUGGAGGGGGCUGACAGGGAGGUUCCCUCAGAGGGGGUGCCCCACCUCAUCGUCCCUGUGAGUGGGAGGGGCCAAAGCAGCGGCACAGAGAUCCUGCAGAACCAAGAGCUCCCCCCACUGGAAGAGGUCCUGGAUGGCCUGGGACUGGGACCCAGAGGACCUCCUGUCCCUCCUCCAGCUACCUUCUCCAUGGUGUCUUUCCCCCUGAGAAGCCGCGUUGCCAGCGAGCAGCCCACCUCCACGUGCUUCACCUUCAUGGUACCGUCAGCGGCCGAGGACACGUCAGAUGACCGGAGGGAGGUGGAGAAAGAUGGGGAAACACUGACCUCCACCUCUCCGCUUAAGGAGGAGCCUGAGACCUCCACGAAAGGCAGGGGGAGGAAGACUGAUGUGAGCAGGGAGGGCCAUAAGGAGAGGCGUCGAAGCCCAGCCAAGAAGGGUGCAAAGGCCCUCGACGCCCUCCCCGCCCCCAUUACGACUGGUGCCCCUAAGCUAGAAGCAGAGCAGAGCACCCAGGCAGAGGUGCAGCAAGAGCGAGACCAGAAACUGACCACCUUUCGCUGGGUCAUUCCUCCUAAUGGGACAGUGACGUUGAAGAUCAGGUUCUACUCAUCCGUGCCAGGCAAGUUCGACCAAGUGCUGAACUUUGAGGUGGUGGACACCAGGAGGCGCUAUCAGCUGCACUGCAGGGGAAUUUGUGGUUUCCCAUCCGUCAACAAAGACUACAGGGUUGUGUUUGCACACUGUAAGAAGGCCCAGCUUCCCGGGGGCAAUGUGAGCAAGACAUACAUUGCCGACUCUGGCUCAUACGAGUUUGGCCCCCUGCUUUGUGGGAAGAACAGAGAUAGGUAUAAGGAGAGGAGGUACCCAGAAAACAUGGAGACGCUGCUCAUACACAACUGCUCGCCUCUGAAGGCCGAGGUUCAUUUCUGCUUCCAGCAUGACACCAAGGCCACGACCUUCAUGCUGGACCCACCCAGCAUGGCCCUCAACCCCGACGAAAAGCAGGGCCUGACAGUGUGGGCGUACCCCACCACCCCAGGCCAGCUUGAGGACAGCAUUGUGUGCUGCGUCAAAGAGAACCCUGAGCCCACUGUCUUCCGUAUCUCCUGCUGGGGGGUCCGGCCUGAGCUGGACUUGGAUUGCAAGCAACUGCAGUUUGACAAAGUCCUGCUAAACAGGAAGGUCACAAAGAGCCUGUGUCUCCGUAAUAACACCCUCUUGCCCGUGGCCUGGAGCCUGAGUGGUCUGCAGGCCCUGGGGGAGGAAUUUACCGUGUCCCUGGACCGGGGCGUCAUCCAGGCACAGUCCGAGUACAGUCUGCAGGUUCACUUCCGAGCCAGCAGGCCCACCAGCCUUAAGAAGUCCGUUCGGCUGGAGGUUCUAGACGCGGAGAACAUCCUCGGCGUUGUCCAUACAGAAAACAUCCACAUCCAAGCUGAGGCCUAUGAUGUCUUGUUAGACAUUACAUUCCUGAAAGGAUCUGACUCAAGUGGAUCCAAAUCUGACAGCAUCCUAGACUUUGGGACAAUUAGAGUGUUGGAGGAAGCCAAACUUUGCCUGGCCUUGAAAAACAAAGGAAAAUAUGAAGUUGCUUUCAAGUUCCUGCUGAAAGGCGCUGACCAGCUAAGGCCAGACCCCAACUCCCUGAUUACUGUCACCCCUUCCAGUGGCUCACUCCAUCCCAGUGACCGGCCCAGCACUGUGCAGUUUGUCUUCCAGCACAACAAAGAGGUCUUCAUCAGAGAGCAACCAAUCAUAUCCCUCCAGGUGAUCGAGCCAAACAUCAAGGAGGAGGGUGAGGUCAUCGGCAUCAUGCCUAUCAAGGUGUCGGUCCAGUCCCUCUUCAGCAAAUACAGCAUCUCGCCCUCCGAGAUGAACUUCGGCCCGCUGGUAUACGGCACUCGCAAGUGCCUCACCUUCACCAUAGAGAACAAAGGAGCGUUUGAGAUGCGUUUCAGUAUCUGCAGAAUGCUCCACGACCAGUCUGUACCCUUCCAGAGAAAAGGCAUGGUGACUGUGAAGCGUACACGUUCACGGGAAAGCUACUCUGCAAAGCCCUCUUCUGGCAGCAAAGUGCGUCGCACCGAAUCCAUACAGCGGGAAAUAGGAUUAUCUUCACAGGCUCGCUUGACCAUGGGGGUGUUUUCCGUGUCCCCCUGCGCUGGCGUCUUGGCUCCCGGAGCUCAGCAGGUGGUGACGGUGGACUGUGUCGCCGACCAGGUGGGCAGCAUGGAAGAGUGCAUUGCGGUGGACAUCUCCGAGCGCGACCCCAACGACCACCCCAACGGCAUCCCUUAUCGGCUGGCAGCCGAGGUCUGCGUGCCAGAGAUCGUGUGUGACGACAUGGCGUCUGUGUUCGAGGAGCAUCGCACCUGCAGAAACAGCAGCCAGCUGGACUCUGAGGAGUACAGGGACGCAAUGGGCGUCUACAUCCAGGAUGAGAACAGGUUCAUCUUCAAUAAUGUGCUGGUGGGCCAGAGUGCCAGCGUCCGGUUUGGCAUCAGCAACGCGGGGAAGGUGCCCUGUGAGCUGAGCCUGGCCAUCAAGUCUGCCAUGAGCAGGACAUCCGGCCGCUCAGCCGAGGUGUUCGACCUGACGCCCACCAAGCUGUGCAUCCCCAGCCACUCGCAGGCCUUCGCGGUCGUCACCUUCUCCCCGCAGAGCAUGCAGACGUACAGCGCUGUGUUUGAGGCCACGCUGGAGGCCAGCUCGGCCCCCUCAGCCCGGACGAGAGCCCUGGCGUUUGAGCUGGGGGGUGACGGCCACCUGCCCCGCGUGACGGUCCUGCGGCCACUGCUGCGGACCCCCCAGGGCGGCCUGCUGCUGCAGUUCAGGCCCCUGCUGGUGGGCCGCAGCCGGACCCUGCCUCUGGUGCUGAAGAACGACGGCACUGUGUCCGCUCAGGUUCACAUCAGUCUUCUGGAUGAGACAGGCGUCUUCACUCUGAGGGCCACUGCAGAGCCUGUGGAGGACCAGGACGCUCUUCACAUGGACAGCCAGGCUCACAGAGAGGGCAGAGCAGCACAGAGGGCCUCCCUCUUCCUCGCUGUGAGGCAGCAGGCUGACUUCCAGGUGGAGUUUCGACCCACUGCAGAGAUGAGCUUCGAGGCCAAAGUGCACCUCCUGGUGGUGGACAACCUGUACGAAGACACGAUGGUCCGGCUGGUGGGGGAUGGGUACAGGGAUGUCAUCACCCUCGACAACGUUGGCAGCAAAAGUUUACCUGAAAGUGAGACUGCAGAUGGAAACACAUCAGACAUUCUACACUUCGGCGCCUGUCAUGUGGCCAAGCCCUACCAGGAGACCUUCACGAUGACCAAUCACAGCAGCUCCGACGUCCUGAGGUUCGAAUGGCCCCCUGAGAGCCGGCAGCUGCGGUUUUCCCCCCGGACAGGUCACCUGCACGCCAGCUGCUCGAAGGAGGUGACGGUGACGUUCUGCUCGGAGCAGCCGGUGGUCCUGAGUGCCCAGCCCGUGAAAUGCAAGCUGUGCAGGGUGGUCUUCACACAGCCCAUCGACCAGGUGCCCGACUGGGAUGACCGGCUCAGAACCAUCAGAUGGGUCGAUGUCCUGAAGCAGGCAGUCGCAUCCCAACCAGCUAAGAUGAAGGUGACCCAGAGUGACCCUGAACCGGCCCACUCCGUGGUGGAGAACUCGUCCAGGGAGCUGGAGUUGCGUGUUAAUGCUGUGUGCGAUUAUGCCAGCUUCACCUGCAAGGCGGAAAACAUUCACUUCAAAGACACAAUGUUGUACCAAACACGAGUCUUCCAGUUCCAGAUGAUAAAUUCGGGUGAUAUACUGCUCGAGUUCACUUGGCAGGUGCUAAUGGAACAAUCUGGACGGGCCGUCGGCUUCGAUCGAGGAGGAACCCCCCUGCCUGCAGCCCCUCGUUCCCAGCACGCCCCCAGGGCGGCCCCCCGUCCAGCCAGCGCUUUGGAAAGUGUUUCAAAGUUGCUCCUGGGAGACCCCAACCUGCCACCGUUCUCCGUGGAGCCCAGUGCCGGGACCAUCAACCCUGGGGACCGUCUGACUUUUUGCGUCCGGUUCUCCCCACUGGAAGUGUCCGAGUGGGAGGGUCUGCUCAUUUGCAGCAUCCCCAACCUACAGGACGACCAGGGCCCCUCAUUGGCUGUCAGGGGCCGCAGCCUCCUUCCCGACUGUCACUUCCAUCUUGAGGACUCAGACUACCUCAUUGGGGGCCGGCGCAACCCUGACAUGCAGGGCCCCAGUGGGGCCCCUCCCCGGGCCACCCUGGACCCCAACACAAGGGUCAUCGAGGUGUCAUCAGUGGGCAUUGGAACACCCAUUGCAAAGGUGUUCAGUAUUGUGAACCCCACAAGCAAGUCCUACUCUUUCAUGUGGACUUGUGAGGGCUUACAGGAUGCCACUUUCAAGUGCCUAACUCCCAAGGGCUUUAUCCACCCAGGGGAAGAAGCAGAGGUGUCUUUUGAGUUCCGGGCCCAGAACCUGAACAUUGUGGAGUCCCUCUGGACCUUCAUGAUCCCAGAGCGGAAUAUCUCGGUCCCUUUCCUGCUUGUGGGCAUGGCCCGUGAGCCAGUGGUGUACCUGGACCGGACCCAUGUCAACCUGGGAUAUUUGCUUAUGGGCCGCAAGGUGCAUGAGAAGGUCUACAUUCUGAACAUGGAGGACGUUCCGUUCCACUUCUCCAUCCGGCAAGCUUCCUGUCACUCUGAAGCUUGCCUCGACAGCCUGCUGCUUGAGCCGUUGAUGGGGACAGUGCAAGCCCGUGACAGGCUUCCCCUGGUCAUUUCCUUCAGCCCUACACAGGAGGGGCCUGUGACCUUCAACCUGGCGUGCGACGUGAGAGGGAAGGUGAACCCUUUGACCGUGAACGUGAAAGCAGAGAGCUUCACCUUCGCCGCUUGUGUUCAGUGGCAGAGCGCGGAAGGCGCGGUCACCGAACUGUGUCCAGGAAACCAGCAUCAGGUGGACCUCAAACAGGUUGAGCUGGGUGACAAAACUUUGUGCCACUUCCUGGUUUCGAACCCUGGAAUGUUCAGCUUAGAUGUACAGUACGAGCUUUGGGGCCCGCCGGAGAUGCAGCGCCACCUGCAGGUGGAGCCAGGCAGUGAUAUCGUGCCUGCAGGAGGACAGAAGAGCUGUACUGUGACAUUCCUUCCGGUACAGAAGUGUGUGCUCAGGAACUCCGGCCUCCGUAUCAGCGUAAAGAACGGACCAUCUUUCAAGUGCUGCUUCUCUGGCUUGGCAGUGAAUCCCAGCAUCCACUUCUCCUUCCUCAAGCACAACUUUGGAAAGAGCUUCCUCUACUGUGCUGGAAUGGUGCCUCCGACGAAGACGCUGGUCAUCUCCAACAAGGGAGAACAGUCACUUAGCUUGGGAUGCUUGUACCACAGUACAGCACAUCUGGAGGUGGGCUUCCAGCCCAAAGUGUUGCUUCCUGGUGAAACCAUGGAGGUGCCUAUUACCUUUUAUCCACGAGAGGUCCUGAAAUACAAGGAGAAGGUCUUCUUUGAAAUAAAUGACUCCGCAAAGCAUGUGGUGGAGAUCCUGGGCCAGGGCGUUGACUUGAAGAUUCAUGUGGAAGACCCCAAAGACAAGGUGGUAAACCUCGGGGCCCUCCAGGUUGGUCAGAAGACCAAGACAGUGGUUCCUGUGGUGAACAACAGCCAAGCUCCCGUGACAUUUUCCUUGCUUCUGAGCCCAUCUGUGCAAACGCUGUUGGACUCCAAGGUGCUUUCAAUGAGUCCGGCUGGAGAGGUGACUCUGAAGUCAGGGGGGGGGCGCUGUUGCAUUGAGUUGCUGUUCUCCCCCUGCUGUCGUAUGGCCCCCUUCAAGGAAGAGCUGCAGCUGGAGUGCUUGGGAACAGUGCGCCCCCUGCUGGUGCUGCAGGGCUGCUGCCAUGGCAUUGAGGUUCAGCUAGACCAAAACCACCUGCCCUUUGGAGCAGUGGCUAAGGGCAGCCAAGUUAGCCGGCGCAUUGUCAUGAGCAACACAGGAGACAUGGGAGCCCGGUUCAAGUGGGAGGCGAAGGCUUUUGGUCCAGCGUUCUCCGUAACUCCCACGGAGGGCUACAUCUGCCCUGGUAUGGUGGUGCCAUUCCAUGUGACUUUUGCCCCCACCGAACUCAGCCAGGAUCUGCGCUGUGACAGUGUCCCCUGUGCCAUCGAGGGGGGCAAGCCCAUCAAACUGACCCUCUCGGGGUCUUGCAUCGCCCCCCCCGUCAUCAAGGAGGUGCUGCACUUUGUGUGUCAGGUGCGCUCUCAGCACACCCAGGCCAUCCCCCUGUCCAACCGCAGCAGCCAACGCUGCACUCUGAAGCCUGUCCUGCAGGGGGAGCACUGGAGCGCCCCAUUGACGUUGGUCCUCGAGCCAGGCCAGCAGAACAAGCCCUAUGAGAUCACCUACAAGCCCCUGGUGAUGACUGCCGAUGGGAAGAAGCACCAGGGGUCCAUCUUCUUCUCCUUCCCAGAUGGGACAGCCUUGCUGUACAGCUUCCUCGGCACCUCCGAGCCGCCCAAGGCCGCUGGUACCAUCUCCCACGAGGUGCCCUGCAAGACCCACUUCACGGGGGUUCUGCCGGUGCUGAACUGGCUGUCCCGGCCCCAGAGGUUCCGUGUCGUUGUGGAGAUCCUCAAACCCGAGCGGCCUGACAAAACCAUCACCGUGAAGGGGCUGGAGUACCUGGACGUCCCAGCGGCCACCAGGCGGAGCUAUAAACUCGGCUUCUUUAGCUACAGAGAAGGGAAUAUUAGCGCCAAGGUGACGUUCCGUAAUGAGCUGACGCAGGAGUUCCUGUUUUACUAUGUGAACUUCAAGGCCACCGCGCCCAGCGUCCUCCAAAUCGUGGAGAUGGUGGCCUUGGUGAGGCAGGUGGCCUCAGCCGCAGUGACCGUGGAGAACCCCCUCCCUGUCGGCCUCUACUUAACCACCGAGUGUCGCAGCGGGGACAUCUUCAUGCCCCCCCAGCUAUCUGUGCCUGCAUUGUCCUUGGCCUCCCUCACUUUUGAGUACCAGCCCCUGCGGCCAGGAAACUCGACCGUCCGUCUGACCCUCUUCUGCGGUGAGUUGGGCCACUUCCACUACGAGCUGCUGCUCCGGGCGCUGCCCGCCCCCCCUGAGAAGCCCCUCUGUUUCCGGACCCCCCUGGGCACCGGCCAGUACAUCUGCGCCAAAUUCACAAACUACUCCCGCGCCAAGACGGAGUAUAUCGGCAAGACGGACGGGCCGGAUUACACGGUGGAGAGGAGCAGCACGGCACCAGCGGGCUCCCAGGCCGGCACUGAUGUCUCCGUGGACGUUUACUUCGAGCCGAGCCAGCUGGGCGAGACCCGCGCCACUCUCACCUUUUCCUCGAGCCUGGGGGGCGACUACAUCUUCCCGCUCAUCGGCACCUGCCUUCCGCCCAAAGCCCAGGGCCCCUUCACCAUCCGUUCAGGCUCCAGCAUCUCCAUCCCUUUCAAGAACAUUUUUCUGCAGACCACCACCUUCUCCUUCCUAGUGGACAACCCCUGUUUCACUGUCAAGGGGACGGAGACAAUUCGCUCCAAGAAGACCCACAAUGUGGUGGUGAUGUAUGAGGGCCCUUCCCUACACCCCUGCACCGGUAAGCUGACUGUCUCCAGCCCGCGCUCUGAGGGCCACGGGCAGGGUGUCUCCUGGGUCUUCUACCUGAAGGGCCUGAGCUCAGAAGUGGCGUCCCGAGGUAAGGCCUCCUGAAGGCCUGCGAGGUAGGCCGUCCCGAAGGCCUGCGAGGUAGGCCGUCCCGAAGGCCUGCGAGGUAGGCCGUCCCGAAGGCCUGCGAGGUAGGCCCCCAUUAGUGCCCUCAGAACACAGCACCUGAGGCUACAUCCUGCAGAACUUGCUGAGAUCCAGCAACCAUUUCUUGCUGCAUUCAGGCAUAGUAGUUAUUUAAACUGUUCAAGUGAAUAUUUUAUACGUAUUAUACAACAUAGACUUAAAUUGUAAUUUAAUUGCAUAAGCAGUUUUAUGUAGAUUACAUUUAUCUGAGUACUUGGAUUACAUUCAGAUACUUUCUUACAUAGUAUAGUACCUUAUAUUUUCUAGUUUCAUGUGGUUUUUCAUACAAAUCUUUCCUUUUAUUGCAUUUAAAUUAAGAUAAGAUAAAGAUACAAUAUGGUGAAAGCUUUGUUGUCAGUAUACUUCAGUACAACAAAAAGAUGUCCCAUGUAUUAUCUAUGCUGAACUGCAGUGUGAGCGAAUAAAAUAAAUUAUUGAACUACUCUA